CGACUCUCUCGGGAGGCGCGUGCCCCGGCUCAGUAGCGUUGGGGCUGGCGCGCGCGUCGAAUCUUAACGUUGCGCUGUUUUGCGGGCGCUUUGGGGCCAUCAGCUUCUUUGCCUUCCACCCUGGCGCCCCCAAGUCCUGGCUCCCCAGCCUCGCUACCCCGGGCAUCCACGCCCUGCGGGCUCAGCGGGCUCAAUCUGCGCAGCACCACCUCCAUGUUGACUAAGCCUCUGCAAGGGCUCCCUGUGGCCCCCGUGACCCCCACGCCGCCGCCAGGAGGCAAAGAUCGCGAAGCGUUCGAGGCCGAGUACCGACUCGGCCCCCUCCUUGGUAAGGGGGGCUUUGGUACCGUCUUCGCAGGACAUCGCGUCACAGACCGACUCCAGGUGGCCAUCAAAGUGAUCCCCCGGAAUCGUGUGCUGGGCUGGUCCCCCUUGUCAGACUCAGCCACAUGCCCACUAGAAGUCGCAUUGCUAUGGAAGGUGGGUGCAGGCGGUGGGCACCCUGGUGUGAUCCGCCUGCUUGACUGGUUUGAGACACCAGAAGGCUUCAUGCUGGUCCUCGAACGGCCGUUGCCUGCCCAGGAUCUCUUUGACUACAUCACAGAGCAGGGCCCAUUAGGCGAGGGCCGGAGCCGCUGCCUGUUUGCCCAGGUAGUGGCAGCUGUUCGGCACUGCCACGCUCGUGGAGUUGUCCAUCGUGACAUCAAGGAUGAGAACAUCCUGAUGGAUCUCCGCCGGGGCUGUGCCAAACUCAUUGAUUUUGGUUCCGGUGCCCUGCUUCAUGAUGAACCCUAUACUGAUUUUGAUGGGACAAGGGUGUACAGCCCCCCAGAGUGGAUCUCUCGUCACCAGUACCACGCACUCCCAGCCACUGUCUGGUCGCUGGGUAUCCUCCUCUAUGACAUGGUGUGUGGGGACAUUCCCUUCGAGAGGGACCAGGAGAUUCUGGAGGCUGAGCUCCACUUCCCUGCCCAUGUGUCCCCAGACUGCUGUGCCCUAAUCCGCCGGUGCCUGGCCCCCAAACCCUCUGCCCGACCCUCACUGGAGGAGAUACUGCUGGACCCCUGGAUGCAGACACCAGCUGAGGAUGCACCCCUGAAUGCCCCCAAGGGGGGUCCUACCCCUUUGGCCUGGUCUCUGCUGCCCUAGUCCUAGCCAGGCCCCCGCUAGUUGGAAUAGCCGUCCCAUGGCAUGCCACAGGGAUAGAUGGACAUCUGUUGACCUGGUUAUACAGGUCAUUAAAAAUCCAGUGUUACUAGGGUCAGAGAUUGGGGAUCAGGGGUCAAGAGACAUAAGCGAAGUCUGCCCACUCCCCAUCCCAAUCCUGCUAAGGAGCCUUCCUCCCAGAACUUAUGGUCUCUUAUUCUGGAGGGCGGGGGGAACUUCCUUAUUUCUCAUUUUGCUAAGGGUGUUUAUUUGGUUGAAGUUCCUUCCAUUCUGAGCCCCAGGACUCUUAUUCUGAUGAGUUGUAACCCCUACACUGGCACCUCCUGCUACCACCACACACACUUAGUUCAAAUGCUCUCACUUGGGCAAGGGUGCUUUCCUUCCAAUGCCCCAGCAGCUCUUAUUUUAGCAAAAGGACCCUUUUUCCUAGCCCAGGGUCCUAUAUUCAGUCAAGCUGCUUGCCUACCUCAGCCCAGGGUUGCUUAUUCUGGGGGAGGUAAUGCCCUAUUGUUAUCCCAAGACUUUUUUUUUUUUAAUUAUUUUUUAUUAUUAUUUUAUUUUUAUUUUUUAUUUUUAUUUUUUGGUGAGGGGACCCUACUCUGUUAUCCCAAGUGCUCUUAUUCUGGUGAGGAGAACCCUACUUCCAUGAUUUGGGAAGGAAUGGGAGAUGGACACCACCAGAGUCCGCUAGGAUGGGGUGGAUGGUUUUUUUGGGGGAUGGGGUGGGGGAAAUCAUUCUUGUUGUUUGUUCUCCUGGGGCCCCCCCCUCCAUCUUUUUCGGAUUCUUGCUGCCUCCUUCUGAGCCAGGAUUGUCCAGUUGCUGAAAUGUAAAUACUUAUGUAUUGGUGGGAGGGGAGCUCCAACUGUGUCCUCCUCUUCCUUCUCCCCCUGCCUGGAUUAUUUAAAAAAGCCAUGUGUGGAAACCCACUAUUUAAUAAAUGUCAUAGAAUCAGAAGCGA